GAUACAUAUUUUUAGCCUGUUGUUGCACCUAUCCAGUUUUGAAAAUCAUGGCUAUUGAAAAUUAUUUCCUGUAUUGUUCUUAUUCGUGGUUAUUUGCAUUGCUCGACAGAAAUUUGCCAAGAGGAGUGGAAUUAUUAAAGACCGAACCAAACAGAAGAAUGGGAGAUCUCAGAAAUAAAUUAAACCACGUUGUUUAAAGGAGAUAAAAGAGAGGAUAUUUUGAAAUAAUUUAGAAUCAUAAAAAUAAAUGCUGAAAAUUUAGUUUUGUUGCGGUACCCAGCCAGGUUUCAACAAUGCCGCAAACAAGGCGAUACGAGAUCGUCGAAUAAUUUGAAAUGCCAUUUUUAUAUGGCAUUCAAUUCUUCGUGUGGCUCGUCGCGGAGUUUUCAUGUCGCUUCUUUGUUUAAGAUUGGUAUUAGUUCACUUAGAAAGAAAAUCGACUGUGAAAAAUGGUUCAGUUUAAGGCAAGGUUGUAAUAAUUUAAUCCUGCUUUGCUUCUUAUUAAUCUCUAAGAAGUACGCAAUGAAGACAACCGAACUCGAUCCAUAAACAUAAAACGUAACAUGUGGUUAUAAGUCAUACGUUAAAAGGAUAUGGGGGCGUGGUAAGCAGUCUUGAAUAUAACAAAGGUUUUAGAUAAAAUUUCAAUGUUAUCACAAUGUUUUUUUUCUUUGGAUCCAUUUAAAAAGCUGGACGACCAACCUUAUGAUUUAUUGGCCUUGACUUUCCUCUCUAUAUUUCAGUCUGUCUCCGAUUUCAAGUCCGCAUGUUCGUUCUUUCUGUUCAUGGAAUUUCCACUAACGGUAGUUCAGCUCACCGUCAUUCCGCUUACGUCAAAAGCGGUUAUGCCUGUUCUACUUGCUCCAAUUCUGCACAUUGAAUUUGCCUACGUUACCGUCAGUCGUUAAUUCGGCAUGCGCCUGUUCCGCUUAUAUCAGUUCGGUUAAUGUUCCGCUCACAGGUGUUACGAAGAUAGAAUAAUAGAUUUUAUCUUGGUGUUACUAAUUUAGCUAAAGUUAUCCACGUUUUAUUCUUCUAAACCAUUAAUAGAUAAAUUUUAACAUCUAAGUUUUUACAAACCAUUUAGCUUCACCAGGCAUUUUCACCUUGGUCGCUGUCAGUUCUGCCAUUGAUCCAGCAGUCCCUUGAUCCAGCAGUUCUGCCAUUGAAUGCAUUUUACACCCCUACGUCAUCAACUCAGCAUAUAUAUCAAACAGAAUGGGAGACAGUGUACAAUCUUGUCUAGCACCUAAGCUAAUAUUUAAGAAUAUCCUGUUUCCUCACUGUUGCUAUUACUUUGGCUUUUUGGAGGUCUUAAGAGAUUUUUAAAAGCUGCACACUGUUAUUGGAAAUCCCAUCAUGCAACUUUGUUCCCUUCCUGCAUGAAGCACCCUAUUUGAUUUGACAGAUAUGAGCUCCUGAUUUCUGGCAGACUGCAAAUAAGCAUGAAAUUUGAUCUUAGAACCAGCUCUGUUGUUAGGUGCAAAGAUGGCUCAGUUGUUAGAGGCACUGACUACAGACCCAAGGGUCCGUGGUUCAAGUCUCUGGCAUGACCAAACUUUCACCCAGAGUGGGGAGAGUCGCCAGCUUUCUGUAAUUCCAGGCGUAGGAAUCACGAGGUGUGGUCACAUCGAGAGAAAGGACCAGGACACUGCUCGAUAAGCAUAGCUUCUUAGUGUCCUAAAACUACCUUCGGAUGCUAGGUAGCAACAAAUACAUAUACAAAUCUGUAAUGCUGUUUUACAGUACUAGCCGAAUAGCGCAGCGCCAUAUCAUAUUUGUCCUAUAAUAUUUUUAUCGAAUAUGCCCUAAUAUUUUUAUCGAAUUUGUCUCAAUGCUUUUUGAACAUAAGUGUACAAAACUAAAGAAAGCUCAUUUCGAGGAACAAUUAGCUCAACCGGUAAAUAAUCAGCAAAUGUUUUUCACCAACUCAUAUAAUCUAUGAUAACAACUUCACUUUGCAUAGAGAGUCGAAACUCGAUUAUCGAUACACAAGUAAGGAGAAAACUGUAAAGAUGAGCAUGUUUAUUACAUGUUUAAAGCAGCAUUUACCGACAGGAAAGUAGCAUAUAACAUUUGAAUUUUGUAUGCAGCGCAUCACUGUCAAAUUCUGUACAAGGUUGGAUUCACUCCUACCCGUCCACCGUCCUCUACAAGGAAAGACCAAGCCUCGCAACUUAUGUGGUAAUUUCUGAAUUUGAUUUCAGUGGAAAGUAUUCUCCAGGAAUAAUUAAAUUUUUUUCAAAUCUAUUAUUUAAUGCUCUCGUCCUGUGUCUGAUUGAUUUGGUUCCGAAUCUCAACGUUUAUCAUAAGAUAUGAUUGUAAGUAUUAAGUUUUGAUUUACUGAAAUUAACACUAAAUGUUCACAAGUGUUUAACAAAUGCUUUAGGCCGAAAGUGUUUUAAAUGACUUUUUGAGCAGCAAUUUGUUCAAUGAUGAGAGGCGGUGAAUCCAUUCUUCGAUCAUCCUUAUGUCCGCCCUCUUCUUUUGUUUCAAACUUUUCUGUUACUGAACCUGCGUUGCGUGAAUCUUUAACAAACUGAUGCAAAAUAUUUCUUUUUCAGCUUAAAACAUGUAAACUCACAAACAAAAGAAAUUCGAGUUAUUGUAUUUGAAAAGAUCUCCAUUACAAUGUGUGAAGCGUCGAAUCAAAACAAAGGACUUGUCUCAAAAGCUAUUGUCUAUCGAACACAAUGGUGUGAUUUUCUAUUGUUCUUAUUCAAUUGUUUCGAAACAUUACUUUGACCAUAAGUACGAUAAAGGACAAGUUUAAUGUCGUGGGUCCAUCGAUUCCAUGUUGAAGCGCUGAAACACGUGUUGUCUAAAGUUAACUUUUCUGUGAAGAAUUAUUCUUUAUAUGAAAAUUUUAUUCCAGUGUCUUGAAUAAGCAGUGAACUUGGUAGUCUUUGUAAUGCAGAACAUCGCAAGAUUGAUGGAUAUCAAGCGAACAGGCCGACACCAUUGACACUACGAAGUCUCUCUAGCCGACAAAAAGAAUGCAGAGGACAGAGAAGAUUUUGUGCAUCCUGUUUUGCUCUUAUGCAUUCUAUCUUGUGUCGAUAGCAGAUACUCAGCCAGAGAAGGUUAACGAUGAGGCAAGAUUAUUCGACGAUUUAUUCGUUCAUACAAGGUAUGACAACUCGGUUAGGCCAGUUCGAAAUAAGGCUUCAUCAGUGCAAGUUUACCUGGAUGUUGCUUUAGUGCAACUCGUUGAUCUGGAUGAUGCCGAUCAAUCUAUGACGUCAAACAUUUGGAUAAGGCUGACAUGGAUGAACGAAAUCUUGAGAUGGAACCCAGCUGACUACGGGAAUGUGACACGCCUAACUGUGAACAAGCAAUAUCCAUGGAAACCUGAUAUCGUUCUAUACAACAAUGCGGAAAAUGGAGAGCAUGGAGGAAAUGUUGGCGAAUUUCUCACUCGUAUAGAUGUAAAAUACACUGGAAUGAACACCUGGUAUAUCCCUGCCAUACUGAAAACCAGCUGCGGCACAGAUAUGACAUAUUUCCCCUUUGAUAGCCAAGUCUGUCCGCUCACUUUUGGCUCGUGGACAUACUUUAGGCAGCAUAUCAACAUUACCAAUAUAAGAGAUACAAUGGAUGUGGCACCUUAUCUAAGUAGCUCUUCAUUUUAUUUGAGGAAAACGAAAGCUACAAGAAAUGAGGUGUUCUACCCAUGCUGUGCAGACCCCAUUGUCACAAUCACGUACGACGUAUUCCUCGAUAGGCAGCCCGGGUUUUACUUUUAUAACGUCGUCUUACCCACACUUGUCAUCACUCUCAUGGCGUUUAUAACUUUCAUGUUGCCGGAUACUAUAGGCGAAAGAGUUGGCCUCACCUUUGAUUGUUUCCUUGCAAACACCUUCACAUCCAUGAUGAUUAAAGAUAUGAUGCCGGUAAGUUCCGAUACAAUGCCUGUUAUCACCAAAUUUAUGCUUAUGUGUAUGACUUUGCUUCUGCUCUCAUUGCUUUCGAAUUCAUAUUCUUUACGAUGUCCCACAAAGAGGAGAAUGCCCUCAGUCAUUCGCAUAAUCUUUCUCGAAUUUCUCGGUCCCUUGCUGUAUGUCACAAAACGCUCAUGUACUGUAAUUGUUGAUGAGAAGGAGAAUGAUAGUGCGGAAGAAAUUCGCCGCUAUGAUCCACUUGCGUCGAAAUCGCGCUACGGCAAAACCUUAACUGUUUCCAACCAAAACGAAGAGAAUUACGAGAUGUUACGCUUCUCGCAAGCUUCCUUUUCCCAGUCAACUGGCUACCCAGAAACAAGUGAAAGUGGUUUUCAUGGAGACAGCCACUAUGACUAUCAACACAAAAAGCGCUACUUUUCGGCCAAAGGGAGAGAAAUUUUCCACGAGCAGCCAUUUUCCAGUGGGUUUCAUUCGUUGGAGUCACAGCAAGGCAAUAAGCCAACCAAACAAGAAACGGACUGCUUGAAAAACCUGAAAAAACUGGUUGAUGAAUAUGACAAUCAAAUAUCUGAUCAGAACCAUAAAGAAUUUUGGAGCUUCGUUUCAAAAAUCGUCGAUCGCUUAUUUUUGUUGGGUUUUGUUCUGGCUUGGAUUUCAAUGUCUCUGGCACUUUUUCUCCAGAUUCCCUUCCAUAAGGGUGUUGCUGUUAAAAAGUAACUCGAACAUCGAACAUUUCUGUCGCAAUAAUAAUUCUUUUUUAAGAAAACUUUGCUCUAGAAAUUUUAGUAAGUAUUGUGGUGAAUCUGUUAUCAAAUUUUCACAUUUUUUUAGAAUCUUGCAGUCCUUAAUGUAGAGUAGGUGGUCUUUUCUUUACGUUAAAUAUGAGUAAUAAAUUCUUCAGGAACGUCUUUUUCAGGAACUGAAUUUUCACUGUGAUAGAGUUUAGGGGCUAUUCCCCGAAAAAAACUCAUCAUAGACAGAACGUUGAAUCAGUGGCAAUCUCUUCAAUUCCUUUACAAAAAUAUCCGAUUCUCGUGUUGAUUUGCUGAUUCAUGGUCAAUUCAUGUUUACUUGAAGGCAGUUGCCUCUCCCACCCCUCCCUCGUAAGUUCCACCACUACGCUAAAGCCACUUAACGGAAAGUGACUCUUGAAUGCUAGUCUUCCUCAUAUGUCUACUAGGCGAUUUUUUCAUCCUAGGCCAAUAGUCGUUUACAUGACUUGAUAGACAACAAAUGUUUGCAGAUUGCUCUUUAGACAAUAAUUUGUUUGUAGAUUAAGAGAGUCUAGGCUCCUAUACAGGGGCGGACUGGCUCUAAAUUUAGGACCUGGGCCAAUUUGUCGAGAAAGGGCCCCAAAAAUGAAAAAUAAGUUUACGGCUAUUCCCAAAGUUGUUUGUUGCAUCACUUUUUUAUACUGGCUUAAAACGUUAUUGGAAUAUUGCUAUUAAUUCUAAUUAGUAGCCACCAGGGAUGUAGGAGUAGGUGUAGAAGAGUUACAAAGGGGAUCUACAAUCCUUAGUCCAGGUCAGCACCAUUUUCACUGGAAAUUUAUUUCUGACGUAGGAUAAGAAACGAGAAAAAAUCAUGGCGUUGCGGGGGGGGAUUAUUGUUUUCUAGCUGAAAGGGGCCUCAGUGAUAGAAAACGGCGAAAGGUAUUUUUAGAGGGGUCACCUUUCUCGAUCACUAAGGCUUUGGUAAGUUUUUCAAGAAAUAUCUACGUUAUUCAAGAAAAUCUUGAUAUGUAAUUUUUCAGUCAAAGCAUAAUAGGCGUUGAUGUUUUUUCGAUCAAUGGUUGAGCAGCCAGGUUAAUUGAUUGUUUGCGCAGCAACCAAGAUGGUAACGUCAGUAACAUAGGCAGGGCAGGCGAAACGUUACUGAAGUAGGGGAGAGGGUUAAAUGUUUAGAUUGUUCAGGGCUCAAAUAAAGGCCACCACCAUGGUUAGGAAUUCUGGCCGAAUUCAAGAAAAAUUUUCGAAAUAUGCCAUUACAGAGAUGGCCAGAAAAUAUAUUUAGUGUAAAGCUACUGCAUGCCUCACAAAUAAUUAUGGACAUAAAAGAGAAACGUCAAAGGACUUACGACCUCAGAAAACAACAGCAAUUUGGCGUUUUCGUCUUACGUCUUUUUUUGCUUCUAAAAACGUCUACAUGCGCGGCAUGUCUUCUACUCUCGGCUACAAGAAUCGACUGACAACUUGGAAAACGUGACAAGAAUACUAACAUAAAAAUUACUACCAAAAAAGGUAAAGUUAACAGCGCGAAAGGGGUGGUACCAGCGUACACAAGUCUUACGAUAACCAAAUAUCGAUAGUACUAGGUAAUAGCAAUAUCAACAGAACAGGCAUAAACAAGUCAACAAACAGGAUAUAAACAACAAGUUAUUUUAACGAGUUACUUGAAACUGGGCAAACCAGAAUAACGAGUUUAAUAGGGCGCAUGAUUCGACGAGCGUCUAUGUCGCAACACUAGAAUAUUUGCCACAUCAAGUUUGACGAAAGGACGAUCCUAGGCAACACAUACAAGCUUUCAUUUACAAUAAUUCCCCAUCCUCUAAUGGUUUCCAAUUACCAAAAAGCAAAGAUCUUAUUCUCAACUUCUAGCGACAAGCCCAGCAUUUCCGACACACAUAACUUUAAGUAAAUUUCUAAAUGAAAUUAUAAAAAACGCUAUCUUGUCUAUUGAAGACAGUAAAUAAAUGUUCUCAGUAAGAAACUUUCAAGAGUAACGAGUCUUCCUUUCUAUGUUUAGAUGUCAAUUCAUGUCUACAUUUCUAUGAGCAUAAAGCUUGAAAUUAAUUUCAGUCUUCCAGCUGUAUCUCCUUUCUUUUUAUUGUUUGAUUUGCAAUGAGUGACAUUUAAAACUUAUUCAUUUUUGCCGGCCCGUAUACUGCAAAACUAGAUUGGGGGACACCUGCCUUAUGAAAUACUUUCAGAUCAAGCUGCGCUUAUAAGAUCUGUCUACUGGCCUGUUAUUGUAAGUUCGUCAGGGCAAAAAACUAGCACAGUCAGACCACACCAAUGGAAUUAUGGCAAAAUACACCGACGAAAUACACCGAAAUUUGGCGUAAGUACCGCAUGUUUUAUACCUAAGAUCUUUGGCGAAUCAUUCAUGUUUUAUACUGGAGCAAAGUAUAGAUGUACUGGAGCAAAAAUUUAGUCAGAGCCCUUCUGCUGUUUUGAUCUAUACUCUCAAAUCUAUUUGGUUAGCAUUAAAAUUAUGUGCCUUCCUAGAAAUUGAGUCACGAAAAUUGUCAUGUCCUUACCAUCUUAACUUAUGAUUUAAUGAAAACAUUCAAACGGAGGGCCCAAAGAAAACAUUUAUCAGAUUUUGGGGCUUCCAGUUAAGUAUCGUAUUAUUAUAUUAGGGACAGUGAGCCUUGGACCCAGGAUUCUCCUUGUUUCCAUGGGGCCCCAAAUUUUGGAAAAUGCUUUUUCGUCACUUAAAUACCGCAUAGUGAUCUUUUUAUUCAUUCUGUAUCCACGAAUCUUGAGAGAGUCUCGGUGUUAUAGCAACAGAAGAGGGCCCCUACCAAACAAUACCGGUUCUCAUUCAAUAGCAAAAUUAAGAAAAAUUUGUAAUGAUUUUGGGAGGGCCCACCAGGCGAUCGUCCGGUAGCCCGACCGGCCAGUCCGCCCAUAGAGAUUGAAUGACAUUUAUCAUUGCAGUUUUGUAUACAACAUCUCUUUUGAAAGGAUAUAAAAUUGAUAUUUUUAUAAUGAUUGAAGUGUGUACAUUGUUAUUUUGUAGAUAUGCUAUAAGGUUAUCUUGUAUGUGGCGUCCACGAUGACCACACGAUAAUAGCAAAGAAUUUCGAAACAAAUGGAUUUUUGUAGUUCAAUGAAAACAAAUCAGGGGCGUCAUGGCUUGGGGCAUAGGAGGUGGGCUUUUUCUAUUUGCUGACAUUUUUGGGUUAAAAUCUUCAAAAACAAUACGCUGGUGUCGGAUCCUUUUUCGGAAAAUUGGAAUCUUUAGCUACCCCGCCCCCUUCCAUAAAUGCGAUCGCCACGAUGCCUCUUCACAAAGUGUAGUCGUUUACCAAAGUAUAUUUACUAAAGAUAGAUGAAUUGAGUGGUAUUUCUAUUGUCGUUUUUAAGCCUUUUCUGAGUAAAAUCUUAUAUUGCGAAAUACAUUGCUCGUUUGCAACGGAUCUUCUUCCACUUUUUUA